UUAUCUAGCUGUAGUCAUUAAAACGUCGCACCUCGAAGUAAAAUGUUCAGUUUUGUUGUUUACACACCGAGGUGUUCUUCAGGUCACUGUCCUUGAAAGAUGUGCACAGUAAGCACAACCUGGUGAGUCGUGGUUGCUCAAGAACAGUGAAAUCGUAUUUUUUAUCGAAAUAUUAUCACCAUGACUCAACUGUUCGAACUAAUCGCCGCCACACUAUGGUUUUGGACGUUUUCAAUCGGUUUCCUGGUCUCAAUUAUAAGCUCCGUCACAAUUUUAUUUUGCCCAACGCUGCGGUGGGUGCUCCUGGCGUACCUCCUCUGGAUCUGGUACGACCGCAAGACCAGUGAACGAGGCGGCAGACCCAUCCCAUGGGUGCGCACGUUCCUCUGGUGGCGCCUCAUGAAGAACUACUUCAGCCACAAGCUAAUAUCAAACGAGAACGACGAAUUCGACCCCAAGAAAAACUACUUAUUCGCGUGCUACCCCCAUGGAAUGCUCCCAGUGGGCACCUUUGCCUCGUUCGUGGACGGCUUCAGGAGCAGUUUCCCCAAACACGAAGCCUACACCACGGUACUCAACAUCCAGUUCUGGAUGCCGGUGAUAAGAGAACUCUUCUUAUCAAUCGGGGCUGUCUCGGUAUCAGGCCCCUCAAUCAAGUAUUUACUAAGUAAUGAAAAAGGCGGCAAUAUUGUAUCAAUUCUAAUCGGCGGUGCCGACGAAUCUAAGUACAGCAAACCGGGGAAAUACAAAAUCAUUUUAAAUAAAAGGAAAGGUUUCGUGAAAAUGGCCCUCCAAACGGGGGCGCCCUUGGUCCCCGUGUUUUCGUUCGGGGAAACGGACGUUUUCGACCAAGUGGACUUCCCCGGGUUUGGUUGCAUCAGAGAUUUGGUCAAAAACACGCUGCAGGUUGGGUUAGUUAUACCAAAAGGGAAGUUUUUCAUUUGUCCACAACGAGUCCCUGUCGUGACCGUCGUUGGGUCGCCGAUUAAUGUCACGAAAACCGCAAAUCCCACCAAUGAACAAAUCGAUGAGCUGCACCGACAAUUUGUCGAUGGUAUUAAGACACUUUUCGACCAAUACAAGCACAGAUACGUCAAAAAUCCGGACAAGACUGUUUUGGAGAUUGUUUAAUUUUGAUUUUGCAGGUUUUCGGGGGUUUUGUGGGUUAAUUGAUUUUGUUAAUUUAUUUUUUAUUAAAAAUGUGUUGGUA